AUGGUGUUUCGACCUUCUCUACAGAUACUUACACUCACUGCAAGCAUUCUGUCGUGCACCGCGACUUUUGCCGCUCUUUGCCAUGUCGUCUUUAUACAAAGGCGGUCGCAGCAGUCAUUGCGAUAUGCACUUGUGAUCAAUCUCUUGACUGCAGUAUCGAAACAUUGCAGGNNUUGCAUCAUCCUAGGCCUGCAAGCUUUUGGACCCGUCAGUGGAAACUGGUGCUGGAUCGAAAAAGACAGACUCGCGCUUCGCUAUGGUCUAGCACAUGGAUGGCGUUUCGGCGUCAUUCUCGCAAUUCUUGGAAUCUACGUCUGCAUCACGAGAAGACUUUGUCGGCAGUAUAGCUGGCUGCGACGACAUACGUACGCGGGAGAUUUGGCAAGUACCGCAGAAUCGACUGAUGCUGGACAGACUGCAGCAAAGCGCGAGUUCGUCAGUCCCGAGGAUUCUUCAAACGAGGGGUCUUUCGGGGGCGCGAGCAAGGAUAUCGACAUGAGCGAGAUCGUCAAUGUGUCCGAAGAACCACACAGUCCUACUUCUCUCACGAUCCCAACAGCACCUGCAAAUCUCGGCAGCCAGUACAUCACCACCACCCACAACCCCAAGCAGCCACAAAGUCUGCUCGUAAUCGAGAGCGGCAGUCAGAUAUUCGACACACAAGCCAAUCAACACCUGCAACCCGCAUCAUUCGAGGACACCCGCAUGCGGAUCGUGGCACAAAUGACUGUAUACCCUAUCCUGUACAUCUUGCUCUGGAUACCCGGAAUCGUCAAUCGCGGUAUAGAGGCUUCGGGAAGAACAUCAACAACUCUGCAAUAUCUGCAGGCUAGCACACAGCUCAUUGGUCUUGUGGAUACCAUAAUCUUUGCGACUCAACAGAGAAACCGGACAAAAAGACACACCAGGGCUCAAAUUCCAAAUUGA